AUGUGCAACGGUAGCUCAAAUCGCGUCAGCCAAGGCGGUUCAAUAGCAGUCAUGCGCCCAACCUCCCACUUAGCACGAACGCAUUCAGAACAAGAAAUAUUUCUACUUUUUACCAACCCGCUCUCCAAAUCUGGUACUAGUGUCGAGUGCCAGGGCCUUGACGAUGCCUUACAACAAAAUAGUCAUUGGCUCGUUAUACAUCGUGACGGCGAUCUCUCCGCGCCACCACCAGAAAGUAUAGCAGACUCUUUAUACUCCUUCGAAAUCGGGAGUUCGCUAGGAGGCAUGAUGCAUCUACCAGAGAAACUGCAUUUGGGUGUUGGUGACAAGGGCAUCAUUGGAAGAAGAGUCUCGGUCAUGACGGGGUCAACCCAGCGGCCUUUGACAUUAGCGGAAGGCGUCGUGGGAUGGAAUUAA